AUGGCAAUCGAAGCCAAGGCGGAUGUCGUCGUCGAUAACCUCUCGAACGACGAGGUUUUGGAGCUCUUGCGAGCCUUCGGGGCCGAGCCUGUGGGCGAGCCCGUUCGGCUCUUUGGCGGCUAUGCUUCCUCCAAUUUCAAGGUCACGGCCAAGGUGGACGGAGGUGAGAGCAAACCGUACCUCCUGAAGGUCAACUACUACGGCUUGAACCUUGAGGACAUCGAGCAUCAGCUGUUUGUGAUGAACCGUUUAAGGAAGAGCUCCUUCCCAACGAACUAUCCUUAUCCUUCCAAGUCUGGUGCCUUCUACGAGGUCAAGGGCGGUCGGACUGCGAUACUCUUGGACUUCAUCACGGGCAAGAGGGGAGAUGAAAUGCUGGCUGCAGAUGAGGGGAAGAGCGAGAAGCUUCUCCAAGAGCUGGCCGCGGCGCUGGCCCAGCUCCACCAGGUCUCCUGGCCGAGUGAUAAGAAACUGCGGGACAUCCGUGCCGGAUACCCGCUGUGCAACACGGGCGACCUCCUUCGUGGUGAGCCCCGCACGAUGGCCAGCGCAGCUGGGAUCCCCACCUGGGAAAACGUGUACAUCAACGGUCAGCGACGCUGGUGGAGUCGACCUGCCUCGCCAGAGAAGUUUUGCGAUGUGAUCGAUUCCAACACUGGCAAGGUUUGCGCGCGCGUUCCUGCUGGCGGUGCAAAGGAUGUAGAGAAGGCCGUUGCUGCGGCCCGCGAGGCGUUUCCUUCCUGGGCAGAAAAGCCCCUCGACGAACGCAAGGCGAUCUUGCUCAAAGUCUUGGAGAAGUGGCAGGGCAAGAAGGCUCAGGCCACGGAGUGGCUCUGCAAAGAGCUGGGCUGCACGACGGCGUUUGCCAAGAACGUGCAGGUCAACAUGGUUGACUUCCAUCUCGGGACUUGCUUGAAGCUUGUCGACAUGGUCAAGUUUGAAGAGAGGAUGGCAUUCGGAUCGCUGGUUGUGCGCGAACCUAUCGGCGUGGUUGGCUGCAUCACCCCAUGGAACUAUCCGCUGAACCAAAUUGCAGCUAAAGUCUUCCCAGCGAUGCUGGUGGGUUGCACCAUUGUGCUGAAGCCGAGCGAGGUGACACCUGUUUGUGCAUACCUCCUUGCGGAGGCUGUGCAUGAGGCCGGAGUUCCCGCAGGAGUGUUCAACAUGCUGAUGGGUGAUGGACCAAACUGUGGAGAGGCUAUUGCAGCCCAUCCCGGAGUCGACAUGGUCAGCUUCACAGGAUCCACGCGUGCAGGCAAGCGGAUCUCCGAGGUGGGCGCGCAGACCUUGAAAGUGGUCCGCACAGAGCUGGGUGGAAAGAGCGCUGCAUUGCUGCUGGAGGAUGCAGACCUCCCCAAGCUAGUCCCCAAGUUCAUGCAGACUUUGAUGAACAACAGCGGCCAGUCCUGCAAUGCACUGAGCCGGAUGCUAGUUCCGCGAAGUCGUUACGACGAGGCUGUGGGGAUUGCGAAACAGGUCGCAGAGCAGACCACGGUCAGCUUUGCACAGGAUGACAAGGAUAAGUCUUGUUGUGUAACACACGGAGUGUGUGCAGCGACAUGUCCGCCGAUCGACGCAUAUGCCGCAGCCGCUGCUGGCUUUGCGUCGCCCGACGAUUGCAGAACUUUUCCAGAUCCAUUUGUCGGCGCUAUGGCUUCGUCCCGCAUCGACCUUGCCGCGGCCUUGGAGGUGGUCCGCUCGGCGGUGGCCGACGGUGACGACCUCGCCCCACUCUUCUGUGUUUGGAGCGGGCUCGAGCGGCAGGCGAUCACCAAGGCCGUUGCCAAUUCGGCAGUGACGGCAGGGGCUAUGCCCUCGACGGCGCCUACGGGAUCUUCGUCUGGGAUGGCGGCUUGCUGUGGCUCGGCGGAUCCCCGCCCCGAGCCCCCCACGUCAUCGGAUCACGCGCCUCCUUCGGCUCAGCGAGGGGCGGCGGCGCGGACAGUGCCAACAAGAUGGGCACAUCGGGCAGUCGGCGGCCAGGCCAAGCCGUCCGCACCGCCACCUUUGGCGGUCCAGGCAGCGGACGGCAGCACAACCUACAAGGGCCGCCGUGUUGUGCUCCUAGGACCAUGCCAUUGCUACCAACACGCUUUGCACUUGGAGGCUGAGAGCAACAAUCUCGUGCAGAGGCUCCGUAUGGAGCACGCCUAUGCCACAGCCAGCUGCUACCCCGACGCGGGGGAGCUCGCAGCUAUUUGGGAGUAUACUUUGUUGGGGCUAAGCACAAGUCUGUGGAUCGAUUUCGUCAUCGCCCGUAGGCAGCAUGCGGAUGGUAUGGCCGCAUGGCCAGGCGAGCCAGACCUCUGCAGUCGCAGCCAGCUUGCCACUUCACCCUUCCACUUCACCAGGGAUGGACCUGCCAGUGGCUUUGACAUACUGGCGCUUGAUCAGGAGGCUCGAAUGGGAGGUCGCUACUCUCUUCCCCAAGCAGACCACACAGCCUGCCUUCAAGAUGGACGGCAUGCUCGCAGGGAUCUUCUGAACCGUGAGCUUGCGCAAGCAGUGGAGGCGGCACAGCGGCAUGACAAGGGCCAGCUGCACCGCAUCAUUCGCCGACUGGCAGAACUCCUGCGUGAUUCUGAGGAGCACUU